GCUGAUGCCAAGAUGGUCUGCGACGUCGUGAGUCGGAUGGAGGACACAGAGCCCUUCUCUCCAGAGCUGCUGUCAGCUAUGAUGAGACUCUGGGCAGACUCUGGGAUCCAAGAAUGCUUCAACCGAUCCCGGGAAUACCAACUCAACGACUCGGCUCAAUACUACCUAGACAGCUUAGAUCGAAUUGGAGCUGCAGACUACCAGCCCACGGAGCAGGAUAUCCUCCGAACCAGGGUCAAAACAACUGGCAUCGUAGAAACUCACUUCACAUUCAAAAACCUCCACUUCAGGCUGUUCGAUGUCGGGGGCCAGCGGUCAGAACGCAAGAAGUGGAUUCACUGCUUUGAGGAUGUCACAGCCAUCAUCUUCUGCGUCGCGCUGAGUGGCUAUGACCAGGUGCUCCAUGAAGACGAAACCACGAACCGCAUGCAUGAAUCUCUCAUGCUCUUCGACUCCAUCUGCAACAACAAAUUCUUCAUCGAUACCUCCAUCAUUCUCUUCCUCAACAAGAAAGACCUAUUUGCUGAGAAAAUCAAGAAAUCCCCUCUGACCAUCUGCUUCCCCGAAUACACAGGUCCCAACACCUACGAGGAUGCGGCCGCCUACAUCCAAGCACAAUUCGAGAGCAAAAACCGCUCGCCCAACAAGGAGAUUUAUUGCCACAUGACGUGUGCCACAGACACGAACAACAUCCAGGUGGUAUUUGAUGCCGUCACCGACAUCAUCAUCGCCAACAACCUCCGGGGCUGCGGCUUGUCCUGA